UUAAAAAAACCACCACCCACAACGGGUUAGUUGGGGUCCGGUUGACAUCCCCAGUUAGAAUGGCUAUUUAUGCCCCAUAACAAUAUCCUUCUUAGCUCCAUUCUUAGACAAUAAUAUCCUUUCAUCUCUUCCAUGUCUUCUUUCCCAUUACGCUUUCCGCCUGAACGGUAUCAAGAGGACAACAGAAACUAUGACGUGUUUUUGAGUUUCAGAGGGGAAGACACGCGUGCUUCUUUCACUUCACAUCUCUAUACCGCUCUUCACAACGCGGGAAUCUCUGUUUUCAAGGAUGAUGAGACACUUCCAAGGGGAAAUAAAAUUUCAACCUCGCUGGGGUUAGCAAUUGAAGAGUCUCGACUUUAUGUUGUUGUUUUCUCUAGAAACUAUGCAAAUUCGCUAUGGUGUUUGCAAGAGUUGGAGAAAAUAAUGGAGUGUCACAAAGCAACAGGACAAGUGGUAGUGCCAGUGUUCUAUGAUGUAGAUCCCUCUGAAGUACGUCAUCAAACAGGCCACUUUGGACAAGCAUUUCGAAACCUUGAGGCGUAUAUCGAUUUAAAAAUGGAAGAGGAAAUGCUGCCAGGAUGGCGCAAGAUGGUUUGUGAGGGCCCUCGCAUCUCCGGGCCUUCUGUUUUCCGAGAUUGCAAUGGUCAAAGUGAGAUUUUGGAAAGGAUACAUCGCCACGUGGAGCAUUGGAGGGUGUCACUUCGUGAGGCUGUUAGCAUCUCCCCCGGUUCAGGAUUCGGAAAAAUGGACGUCGUUGCUAAUAAAAUAGACAACUUUGUGGAGCGUUGGAGGGACGGACUUUGUGUUGCCACUCGCAUCCCGUGGAGAGGAAUGUUGAUUGCUGAAAAGUUAAUAGAUCUCCUUGUGAAGCAUUGGAGGAUAACACUGGGCAGGGUAAUUUUUAUGGCUGCUGGUAAGCCAGAUGAUUCAGCCUUGAAGCAUUGGAGUGAGGCACUUUGGGAGGCUGCUCGCAUCUCGGGAGGUGCAGACCUAAUUUCCAAAAGAAAGGAAAUGAAUCCUCUUGUUGCCUAUGAGAUAGACCUCCUCGUGAAGGAUUGGAGGAAGGCACAUCGUGCGGUUGGUGGCAUCUCAGCGGGUGUAGUCUUAAAAUCCAUUGCUGAAGAGGAGAUCAGAAAAGAUUUUGAGGUUCUUGUAAUUCAUUGGAAGGAAGCACUUCAUGAGGCUGCUGACAUCUUGAGUAAGAGGAUUGUUGUUGAAGAGUUCACGAAACGUUGGGCAGAGGUACUUCGUGAGGCUGCUAGUAUCUCAGGGAUUGUAGUCCUAAAUUCCAGGAAUGAAAGUGAGGCUAUCAAAACUAUUGUUGAAAACGUUACGCCUUUGUUAGACAAGACAGAGUUGUUUGUUGCUGAUAAUCCAGUCGGCGUAGAACCACGAGUCCAGGAAAUGAUUGAACUAUUAGACCAAAAACAAUCAAACGGUGUUCUACUACUCGGGUUGUGGGGGAUGGGAGGCAUUGGUAAAACAACUAUUGCAAAAGCCAUUUACAACAAGAUUGGCCGCAAUUUUGAGGUAAAAAGCUUCCUCGCACGUAUUAGGGAAGUUUGGGGGCAAGAUGCUGGUCAAGUAUAUCUACAAGAACAACUUCUAUUUGAUAUCGGAAAAGAAACAAACACAAAGAUACGUAAUGUUGACUCAGGAAAAGUUAUGUUAAAAGAACGACUUCGCAAUAAAAGGGUACUCCUUAUACUUGAUGAUGUAAAUAAUUUGCAUCAAUUGAAUGUUUUGUGUGGAAGUCGUGAAUGGUUUGGUUCAGGGAGUAGAAUAAUCAUCACAACUAGAGAUAUGCAUAUACUUAGAGGGACAAGAGUUGACAAAGUGUUCAGAAUGAAAGGAAUGGAUGAAGAUGAAUCUAUUGAGCUUUUUAGUUGGCAUGCAUUUAAGCAAGCAAGUCCAAGAGAAGAUUUUAUUGAACUUUCUAGAAAUGUAAUUGCUUAUUCUGCGGGAUUGCCACUAGCUCUUGAAGUCCUUGGGAAGUAUUUGUUUGAUAUGGAGGUAACAGAGUGGAAAAAUGUAUUGGAGACACUCAAGAAAAUUCCUAAUGAUGAAGUACAAGAGAAAUUAAAAAUAAGCUAUGAUGGUUUAACUGGUGAUACAGAGAAAGGAAUAUUUCUUGAUAUAGCUUGUUUCUUUACAGGAAAGGACCGGAAUGAUGUUAUACAUAUCUUAAAUGGUUGUGGGCUUUGUGCAGAAAAUGGAAUACGUGUCUUGGUAGAAAGAGGCCUUGUAACUGUAGAUUAUAAGAACAAGCUUGGAAUGCAUGAUUUGCUGCGAGACAUGGGAAGAGAAAUCAUUCGUUCAAAAACACCAAUGGAGCCUGAGGAGCGUAGUAGGUUAUGGUUUCAUGAAGAUGCGCUUGAUGUAUUAUCAAAAGAAACUGGAACAAAAGCUAUUGAGGGACUGGCUUUGAAGUUACCAAGAACUAAUACAAAAUGUUUGAGCACUAAAGCUUUUAAGGAGAUGAAAAAACUCAGGUUGCUUCAACUUGCUGGUGUACAAUUGGUUGGAGAUUUCAAGUAUCUUUCCAAAGAUCUUAGAUGGCUUUGUUGGCAUGGAUUUCCUUUAGCAUGCAUACCAACAAACCUUUAUCAAGGAAGUCUAGUUUCCAUUGAGCUAGAAAACAGCAAUGUUAAUCUUUUGUGGAAAGAAGCCCAGGUAAUGGAGAAGCUGAAAAAUCUUAAUCUCAGUCAUUCUCAUUAUUUAACAGAGACUCCAGACUUUUCAAAUUUGCCUAAUCUUGAAAAGCUAUUACUCGUGGAUUGUCCAAGGUUGUCAGCGGUUUCCUAUACCAUUGGACAUCUCAAUAAAGUUCUUCUAAUAAAUUUUCAAGAUUGUAUUAGCCUUCUUAACCUUCCAAGAAGUAUCUAUAAGUUGAAAUCUCUUAAAGCACUCAUUCUUUCAGGAUGUUUAAAGAUUGACAAGUUAGAAGAGGAUUUGGAACAAAUGGAGUCUUUGACAACCCUUAUUGCGGAUAAGACUGCAAUAACAAGAGUGCCAUUUUCAAUAGUUAGAUCAAAAAGAAUUGGAUAUAUCUCUUUGUGCGGUUAUGAAGGAUUCUCACGUGAUGUGUUUCCUUCAAUCAUUUGGUCUUGGAUGUCACCAACAAAUAUUCUCUCAUCCCGCGUUCAAACAUUUCUAGAUGUGUCAUCUCUCGUUUCAUUAGACGUGCCAAAUAGUAGUUCCAAUCAUCUAUCAUAUAUUUCCAAGGACCUUCCACUGCUUCAAAGUCUUUGUAUAGAGUGUGGCUCAGAACUUCAACUUUCUCUAGAUGCUGCAAAUAUUUUGGAUGCUUUAUAUGCCACAAAUUUUGAAGAAUUGGAAUCAACUGCAGUCACAUCGCAAAUGCAUAAUAUGAAUGUUUUAACAUCAAUUGAAUGCAACAAUCAAGUACACAACAAAGGAUCAAAAAAUUUCAGGAGAUCACUUUUAAUUCAAAUGGGAACGAGUUGUCAAGUCACCAAUAUUCUGAAACACAGAAUUUUACAGAAUACGGCCACUAGUGAUGGUGGUGGUUGUUUGCUCCCCGGUGAUAGCUAUCCAGAUUGGUUAACCUUCAACAGCGAAGGUUCAUCUGUGACUUUUGAAAUCCCUCAAGUGAAAGGGCGUAACUUGAAGAAAAUGAUGUGCCAUGUCCAUUAUUCUUCCCCGGAAAAUAUAACUUCAGAUGGUUUGAAAAAUUUGUUGGUGAUAAAUCACUCAAAGGCCAUCAUCCAACUUUAUAAGAGAAAUGCAUUAGUCUCCUUCGAAGAUGAUCAGUGGCACGGGAUACUAUCAAAAAUAGAGCCUGGAAACAAAGUGCAAAUUGUUGUUGUCUUCUGGAGCAAAUUAACUGUUUACAAGACAACAAUUUAUCUCAUAUAUGAACCAAUGAAUGAAAAAAUAGAGCAUUCCCAUGCGCCAAAUAAGAACGUAAUGGAUUCUAGUGGUGAUGAAAAUGAAUGUGUUGUUGGGACCAUCUCUCUUCAAGUAGAAUCCAUAUAUAAGCCAACAAAUGACAUAAUGGAGCAUUGCCAUGCAUCAAAUAAGAAUGCAAUUGUUUCCAGCAGUGAUGAAAAUGAAUGUGUUGUCAGGCCAUCCUCUCCUCAAGUGGAAUCCAUAGAUGACUUAAGGUGUGUUUCAAAAAAAGGCUUGAUUAAGCGCUUAUUGAAUAAGUUCUUAUCAUGCGAAUACUUUUGUAAUGCAAACUCAGAAAAUAAGAAAAAUCAAGGUUAAAAGAUGGUGAAAGAAUGUCAGGUCCCAAUUGAUUCUUAUGGUGGCUGCAAAUCUUGUAUUGUUGCUUGUGCAGAGAUUGUUUUUGGGCAGUGGAUGAUUUGUUUUACAUGUAGAUUGGUGGCUACUAUUAAUGCUCUAAAUCUGAUUGCUAAAGAAUGGAUACUUGGGGAAGGUCCACUUGUUUUGGGAUCUUGGUUUCUAAGGGAGUCCAACUUGAGCUUGAUUCUGAUGACCUUGAUUUUAAUCCUUUGAAGUGAAAAAGAUAUGUGUAACCCAAGUACUUGACAAUUGAUCAAUCAAAUGAAUAGUAUGCUUAAAUAGAAUUGGCAGGUGGAUCAACUGCAUUUUUAUAGAAGUCAUCAAACAAGUUGAUAACCUUGGCAAUCUAAGUAUGUACCUAUGUUGAUCAUUUCCUGCGGCAUGAGAUGCAUGACUCAUAUUAUGGUAAUUACGUUAACCGCUUUGCUAGUUAAUACUGUUAUGAGAGAUCUUGUUUAGUGUGUGUCUUCUGUAACUCUUCCAUCUUUUGAAAUUUAAUUUAGUUAUCUUAAAAUAAAUAUAUUUUUUGGUGGGAUCA